CCGGGUUUUUGACGAAUCUACACUAAAAAGACACCAAUCUGACGCAAUACGAUAUAAGGAUUCAUUUCCGUCUGCAGGACUUGAUCUGGAGUUGCAUUAAGAAGGUUUUAUUUCACCCUGGACUUGAAGCAGGACAUGGGUGGAAGUCUACAGCAGACCCACAGGUGCUUUAUGGUAGCUCUUUGUGCAUUUUUGUAUAGCUCUCUUCCUGUUUCAAGUAAUUUGGUGGUCUUGACGAAGACUGCAGUCUCAGCGGACAGCGGCCAUGCAAUUAUAUUACCAUGCUGGCUCAGUCCAUCACAAAGUGCAGAGAAUCUGGAGGUACGUUGGUACCUUGGUGAUAACUUUGAUGCCCCAAUCAUGUUCUACCGGGCAAAACAGUUUGAAGUGACACCGUACCAGGGCAGAGUGGAGUUUGGCUUAAAGGAUGCUACAUCUGGCGGGCUGAAGACAGGUGAUGUAAGCCUGAAACUGUUAAGUGCCACACUUAAGGACGAAGGAGACUACACUUGUUACGUCAGCAGCGAUCAGGGUUAUGACAAUGCAAAGGUCAAACUCACUGUGACUAAAACGGGAGACCUCCCUACUCUGUCAGUUGAGUUGAAAGAUAACAUGGCGAAUGUGAGCUGUAGCUCUAAAGGUUGGCAUCCAGAGCCACGGCUGCGCUGGUCGGUCCAAAAACAGGAUCUGACCCCCAAAGGCCUGCAGCACAGCCUAGAUUCUUCAGGUCUUCAGUCAGUCCACAGCUGGAUUCUUGUCCCCUACUCCUCUGAAGUUUCCUGCUCAGUAGGACUCUCUGAUGAAGGGGCAAAAGAGUCAAGACUGUUCCUGGUACCUCCUCGGAAAGAGGAGUCAGGAUCCUCAGCAGUGGGGGUCUGGGUGGCCUUUGGUGUCCUGAUACUCCUGAUUGCUGUGUUAGCUUCACUUGGACUGUUGCACUUCAGAAAGAGAGGACUUGAUCUGGAGUUGCAUUAA